AUUUGACCUCAAACGCACAAAUUUCCCCAUUAAAUUGAGACAAUAAUCCUUCACAACGAUUGCGCAAGUUACCACCAACCUAGCACAAUACAGCGAAAAUGUCAUUCCUCGCACGCCGCUUCACCGCUGCUGCCCCGAGCCUGGCCCGCUCCUUCAGCGCCUCCGCUCGCCGCGAUAUAGCCAAGAUUACCUUGGUCGGCAACCUUGCGGGCCCCCCAGAGCUCAAGGCCACCAGCACGGGCCACGAGAUCAUCGAGUACGCUGUCGCCAGCAACAGUGGACCUCGGGACAAUCGUCAGACCAGUUGGUUCAGGGUCGCUGCCUUCAUCGAAGAAGGACCCCGCCGAGACUUCUUGACUAGUCUACCAAAAGGAGCUACUGUCUAUGUGGAGGGCGACGCCAUCAUGAACUCGUACAACGACGCCGAUGGCAAGUCUCGUUCUGCGCUCAGCAUCUACCAAAAAAAUAUCGAGGUCCUGCGUCGACCAACGCCUGCAGCCGAAUAAACGGGUAAAUGUGAUGUAUGCGGAAGUUAGAGCAGCUAUAUCUGUGUCGACCUGACCAAUACCCACGUACAGUUGGGUCAAAAUUCUCCACUACUACGACUUUCUUAUGUCUGAUAAUGGGACGACUUGGAGAUGCUAGUGUACUAUAUUGCUGUGUUAUGACUCGAUACCAAACGUGCUGAUGCCAACCCUUUUACUACCGACUUUUGAAACGACUUGCCAGAAUUAUGGUUCUAUUUGUGUGUUAAUCCAAGAUGAAUGACAAUAACCAACCGGCUUAAUGUCAUUGAUAUUUGACUCUUGUCAUUUGACGUUCAAGGUUCAAAUAUCAUAACGCCGCAGUACCUAGGAGAUGUGAUGAGAACUACGUACUGUUUCUAGCCAACACUAUUGCCUAACACCCUUCCAGAAGGAUGCAGAUCAGUAAUGUGACACUGCAGAAGAAACUAGAUAAAAGCACUGAUUAUAUUCCAAAGUGACACCUCAAAUGAUAUAGAGGAAUUGAUGA